CUCUACAUUCAUAGAACGCCAUUUGAGAUAUUUUCAGGAGAUUGGGUGUAGUGUCACAGAGUACCCGCAUCACUAGCUAGAGAACUGGCCAUCAACCUGAUACAGGAGGUGCAUGUCCACACACAACUCCAGGUUGGAUCCUGUUAAGCCUACCUGUCUCCAGUAGCCCAGGAUCUUCGGCAGGUCCUGUUUCAGUGCCCAGGAAGACCUCACUAGAAACAAUGUGACUUUGGAGGACUGCCAGUACAUGUUGGGUUGUGACAAGUAUAAUUAUCUUGCCUCUAGGUAAUGGUGUUAGAAUCAGCCUGAUCUGCGCAACUACCUCCACUUUUCCAGACAGACUUUCCGGACAGGGCACUGGCACAAGAAGGCCUGGACCUUGGACACAGAAGCGCUGUACAGGGUGUUGUAGUGCCAAUGGCUCGCCUGUUCCCUUGCACUCACUUUGUCCUACUGUUACUGCUGCAGCUAACGUCCCCAUCUGCAGGUGCACUAGAGAUGAUAGAUGGCUCACAUCAACUCACCUGCGACCAGGGCCUGACUGACUGCAGUGUAAAAGAUGUUGCCUUUCCUGGCAUGAAGGGUCCUGUGAAAGUUAGCCGGCUGGAGCUCAGCGUGUUUCUGUGUUGCACGAACGGCCAAUACUGCAAACCCUGCCUGCGAGUCACGGUCUACUUCACAAUCAAAGAUAAACAUGAGGACCAGGAAGUGUCUGGUGACUACAGUGACGAAGAUGACAGCUCUAACCAGAAGGAAUUAAGAGAAGAGAGUCUCCUAGGGAUGCCACGCAGCACAACAGCAGCUUCUGUAACCGUGUGUUACAGCUACCCAAACAUUUUGAAUCGCUGCAAAGAAGUGACAUUUACAUUGAUCCAUUCAGCUCUGGGGGACCAGCACCCUCCUGAGCUGUGGCUGUCCAUAUUGUUGGAGCCAGAGCCAGUACAAUAUGGAAGUCCAGUCAUCGUCCACGCAUUAUAUACCUCCGUUACCACCACUAUCCCCUCCUUAGAAGAUGUUUGUUCCCCUGACCUAGAUAGUGUUGUGAAAGAAUGUGAUGCACCCAAGCUCAAAGCUGUGAUUGAUAAGAAGAGAGGUGUGGCUGUGCUCCAACUGGACAGUUCUAACAAGACACCGACCAGUGAGAUGGGCAUGUGCCAGAUGUUCGGGACUGGAGAACCUUGCAGAUACCAGAAGUGGAGCCAGAGAGAGAUGAGCAUUCCUUUGAGGUCUAUAGCGCCCUGUCUGUGCUUUCAGGUUUGGUGGAAGGGACAUAAUCUACGCAGAGAGAUCUGCCCCUUCAUGAACAACAAAGAGCUUUUCAGAAGAAUGUGGGACAACAAUGUGUCCUUGUCAGUGGAGGAGGCUCAGAAGAAGGUGGGGAACGGCACAGUGCUGAGUUGGAACGUGACUGCCCCCUGUCGCCUGGAGGGGGAACUGUGGCUGUGUAGAAGGGGCUCAGCGGGGGGGCAUUGUGAGGAGUUGAAGGGCUCCAGGCAGAGGAUGCACAAGCACACACAUGCCGGGUGGACGCCCACUCUCCACGGACACUGGAAAAGAGGAGAGUUCAUCAAUGUGAACCCUCAUCCUGCUCUGUGUGUCCAGAUGAAAGUACAAGGGAUGGAUACAAAGCUGGAUCCCGUGUGUCCAUUUGCAACACCACGGAACCGAUGGCUCCUGACUCUCCUGAUAGGGCUGCUACUAAUCUGUUUGGCAAUACUUGGGGCCUACGUCAUACAUGGUGCUCUCAAAGGAUACGUGUGGAGAUGGUUGAAAGAUGAGGACAUAAAAGGUGCAGUAGGAGGUGGCCACAUUGUGUUGCUGUACCCUCCUGACAAUGAUCAGGCUGUGCUGGGUCUGGUGUGUCGUCUGGGCUUGUCCCUCUCCUCUCUGGGCUUCAGUGUAUCUCUAGACCUGUGGAGCCAGGCCGAGCUCAGUGUCCUGGGACCGGUUCCAUGGCUCCACUCCCGGCUUGAUCGCCUGCAGAGACAGGGGGGGAAAGUGGUGCUGGUGCUGACCCAGGCAGCCUGGGAGAGGGCUGAGGAGUGGGGCAGUCGGGGCAGCCGGGGCUGGGAGAGGGAUACUCUCUGGGGGAGGGGGUGUGACGAGGAUGGGGAGUCAGGGGUGGGGUGUCGUUCUCCGUAUUCGGAUGUCUUCAGUGCCUCGCUCAGCUGCAUUCUAGCGGACUACUUGCAGGGCCGCGCCGGCGAACGCUUCACCCUUGUGCAGUUUGAGUGUCUGCCUCCCGGUGGCUGCCGCCCCCUACCUGAGCUCUUCAGGGGGCUGCCGCUCUUCAGCCUCCCCUCCCAGAGCCUGGGCUUCCUGACUGAACUGGCUUUGGGGCGAGGUAGGGGGGCAGCAUCAGGGCGACGAAGGCGGGCAGGGGGGCUCAGGGCAGCCUCACGGGCACUGGCUGGGGGGCUGAGAGGGUUUGUGGGGGGUUCGGCAAUGUUACGGCUGGCCGGGCUGCCCCAGGACUGUGUUGGUGCAGGGGUUGAGGACCCCUGGGAGUCUGUGCCGCUGCAGCCAUGUCUCACCACCUCACCGUCCAGCCCUGACACCUGCCCAAGACCAGCGGGAUGGACUGGGUCUAAGAGGGCAGGAGAGGCUGAGGAGGAAUCAGGAGCCUGUUCCGCAGGAUACUAACUGUGGCAUACUAUAAUCCGAUACUGGACAUCAGGGCUUCAGGAGAUGGUAGUUUGAAACUGUGUCUCAUGUACCUUUGGAGCUACUGUCCAAAGUAGAGCAUGACUUGUUAAUAUUGUAAAUGAUUAACUUUUGUGGUCCUGAAAAACUACUGUCAACUCCAGUUUAGAGAUUGCUCAGUUUGGCUGGGCGGCCAGCUCUAGAGAGGUUCUGGAUGGCUCCAAACUUCUUCCAUUUAUGGUUCCAAAGUUCUGUCCUAUGUACAGUGCCUUCAGAAAGUAUUCAGACCCCUUGAAUGUUUCCACCUUUUGUAAAUCUAAAAUUAAAUGAAAUUUAAAAAAAAAUCCUCAACAAUCUACAAACAAUACCACAUGACGAAGCUAAAAACAGGCUUUUAGAAAUGUUUGCAAAUAAAAUAAAUAUUAAUAAAAAACAUACAUAAGUAUUCAGACCCUUUGCUAUGAGACUAGAAAUUGAGCUCAGGUGCAUCCUGUUUCCAUUGAUCAUCCUUGAGAUGUUUUUACAACUUGAUUGGAGUCCACCUGUGGUAAAUUCAACUGAUUGGAAAUUAUUUGGAAAUGACACACCUGUCUAUAUAAGGUUCCACAGUUGGCAAUGCAUGUCAAAGCAAAAACCAAGCCAUGAGGUCGAAGGAAUUGUCCGUAGAGACCCAAGAGAGCAUUCUGUCGUGGCACAGAUCUGGGGGAGAGUACCAAAAAAAAUCUGCAGCGUUGAAGGUCCCCAAGAACACAGUGGCCUCAUUCUUAAAUGGAAGAACUUUGGAAUCACCAAGAAUCUCUAGAGCUGGCCGCCCAGCCAAACUUAGCAAUCGGGGGAGAAGGGCCUUGGUCAGGGAGGUGACCAAGAACCUAAUGGCCACUCUGACAUAACUCUAGAGUUCGGAGAACCUUCCAGAAGGACAACCAUCUCUGCAGCACUCCACCAAUCAGGCCUUUAUGGUAGAGUGGCCAGAUGGAAGCCAUUCCUCAGUAAAAGGCACAUGACAGCCAGCUUGGAGUUUGCCAAAAGGCACCUAAAGACUCUCAGACCAUGAGAAACAAGAUUCACUGGUCUGAUAGAACCAAGAUUAAACUAUUUGGCCUGAAUUCCAGGCAUCACACGUAGAGGAAAGCUGGCACCAUUGCUAUGGUGGUGGCAGCAUCAUGCUGUGGGGAUGUUUUUCAGCGGCAGGGACUGGGAGACUAGUCAGGAUCGAGGGAAAGAUGAACGGAGCAAAGUACAGAAAGAUCCUCGAUGAAAACCUGCUGCAGAGCGCUCAGGACCUUAGACUGGGGCAAAUGUUCACCUUCCAACAGGACAAUGACCUUAAGCACAAAGCCAAGACAAUGCAGGAGUGGCUUCGGGACAAGUCUCUGAAUGUCCUUGAGUGGCCCAGCCAGAGCCCGGACUUGAACCCAUUCGAACAUCUCUGGAGAAACCUGAAAAUAGCUGUGCAGCGACGCUCCCCUUCCAACCAGAGCUUGAGAGGAUCUGCAGAGAAGAAUGGGAGAACCUCCCCAAAUACAGUUGUGCCAAGCUUGUAGCUUCAUACCCAAUAAUGUCUAAAAAACGUUUUUUGCUUUGUCAUUAUGCGGUAUUGUGUGUAGAAUAAUGUGUGUAGAUUGAUGAGGGAAAAAACUAUUUCAUCAAUUUUAGAGUAAGGCUGUAACUUAAUCAAAUGUAGAAAUAGUCAAGGGGUCUGAAUACUUUCUGAAAACACUGUACAUAGUCAUUGAACACUUUUAUCAUGUUUACUUCCUGUUAUACCCAUUUCAUAUGUAUAUACUGUAUUCUAAUCAAGGUUCACCAUAUAUAACUACUGCUGUACACACCUUUCCUUUCCUAUUCAUAUACUGUCAAUACUGUCCAUACCCUCCAUUAUAUAUACAGUGGGCAAAAAAGUAUUUAGUCAGCCACCAAUUGUGCAAGUUCUCCCACUUAUAAAGAUGAGAGAGGCCUGUAAUUUUCAUCAUAGGUACACUUCAACUAUGACAGACAAAAGGAGAAGAAAAACAUACAGAAAAUCACAUUGUAGGAUUUUUAAUGAAUGAAUUUGCAAAUUAUGGGGGGGGGGGGGUGUAUUGUUUUGUGUUGUUAGGUAUACUGCACUGUUGAAGGUUGAAACAUAAGCAUUUUGCUGCACUUGUGAUAACAUCUGCAGAAUAUGUGCACUGUAUGCGACCGAUUAAAAUGUGAUUCGUUUUUGUAUUCAUCUCUGAACUGUAAAUGGGUGACAUUGUUGUAUUCAACAAUUAUCUUCGUUUCAAAGUGUUAUGUGGUUAAUUUGUAAAAAAAUAUUUUUUACUAAGUGGUUUGUUGGUUAAUUGUAUAACAUUUUAUGCAUUUGUGCGUUCUGUUAUGGUGCAGUUCUAUGUCGUGACUGGUUUAUCCAUCAUCAGUAAUAGGUAUAAAGUGGUUUGCUUCUA